UCCAAGCGGGGUACUUGAGGGCAGGCAAGUGGAAGGAGGCUCAUAUCACGAGGCUGACAAUUCUGUGAAAAUGGAUUGUAUGGAGGAUGACACCACUGUCUUUUCAACAUUGAAGUCAUUCAAGAGCUUCAUUUCUCUGCCUGAGACCUCACAGAAUCCAGCUGAGACCAGUACAACAGCUGGUGGUCUCCAAAGGCAGUAUGUGCAGAGACUUGAGUUGGAGGAUGCAGCAGAAAAGAUCCACUCCAAGACUCACCUCCUACAAAUGGCCCAGGAGAAGAAGCAGAUGGAGCUGAGUCACAAGCGUGCCCGCAUUGAACUCGAGAAAGCAGCUCACAUUAGCGCCAGAGACUUUGAGCGUGAAGUGGACCGCAACCAGGACCUGCUCGCUCGCAUCAAAAGGCUGGAGGAGAGGGAGGCCGAGACUGGGAAGAUUCUCAAUGAGCAGACGGAAAUGAACAGGGCCCUAAAGAAAAGCAUUGAGGCACAGAACAAGAAGCUAGAAGAGAAGGACUCAAAGCUUUCUACUGCCAAUGAGACAAUCUGUGCUUUGCGAGAUGAGAUGCGGGAGCUCAAUCACAAGAUUAAAAACCAGGAGAUGCAGCUCGCUGCUCGGGCGACUGAGAACGAGGGCCUUCAGGAACAAGUGGAGCUCCAUCGCAAGAAAUAUCAAGAGGCAACUCAGAAGUAUCAGUCGCUGCAGACAUCUCAGUCUCAGAACUCUGAAAAUGAACUCAAGAUUAAGGAGCUGGAGAGGCAUCUGGCUCUACAGGAGCAGGACUCUGUGAUUGUGAGGAACAUGAGGACGGAGCUCGCGCGCAUCCCUGACAUGGAGAGAGAGCUCAAACGACUCCGGGAGGAGAGCAGUUACUUAAGAGAAACCAAGGAGAACAGCAGCCUGCUGAAGGAAGAGGCAGAAGGGCUGAGGAGGAAACUGGAACGUUUGGAGAAGAUCAAAGAGGACGUGGUCAAUUUGGAACUGGAGAAGGAGAAGCUAACAAUGAAACUUCAAGCCUGGGAGAAUUUAAGUCAAACGACUGGGCUAAACAUCAGGACACCAGAGGACUUGUCAAGAGAGAUCAUUCAGAUUCAGCAGCGAGAGAUCAGCCUGAAGCAGCAGAACUACUCUGUGACGAGCAGUGCGCGGACGCUGGAGAAGACCCGGGCGCAGCUCCAGAGCGAGGUGGGCCAGCUGCGCUCCAAGGUCCUGGAGGAACAGAAGAAGCGGGAACAGCAGGAUGCCCUGGUCCGACGCCUGCAGAAGAGAGUCUUACUCCUAACCAAGGAGCGUGAUGGGAUGAGGGCCAUUCUGGAGUCAUAUGACAGUGAAUUAGCAGCCAGCGAGUACUCCCCGCAGCUGACCCGUCGUGUGAAGGAGGCUGAGGACAUGCUGCAGAAGGCCCAGGCACACAACAUGGAGAUGGAGGUUCAGCUCUCAAAGGCACAGGAUGAAGCCGGCACCUAUAAACUUCAGGCACAGACGGCGGAAAUGGAGCUCGACAUCCUGAAGAAGCAGGCCACCAAUGCAGACAACAGCUCCUUUCUGAUGGGGGAGGAGGUCAGUUCCCUCAGGCAGAAGAUUGAGGAGCUUGAGGCUGAGCGCAGACGCCUAGAAGAGCAGAAUAAUGUGCUGGAGAUGAGACUGGAAAGACACAACCUGCAGGGUGACUAUGAUCCACUGAAGACCAAGGUGAUCCAUUUCCGGAUGAACCCCACCAGCCUGGCCAAGCAGCAGCGCCUGGACGAGGUGGAGCAGCUGCGUGAGGAAUGCCAGCGCCUCAGAGAGCAUGUCCGCACGCUGCAGGCAGGGGGAGCUGUGGCCACUGAAGGAUCCUUCAGCCUUCCACCCUCUCAGGAAGUCAUAGAUCUGCGCAGGCAGAUGGAGAGUGCCGAGCUGAAAAACCAACGUUUGAAAGAGGUCUUCCAGAAGAAGAUCCAGGAAUUCCGCACCGUGUGUUACGUGUUGACGGGCUACCAGAUUGACAUCACUACGGAGAACCAGUAUCGCCUCACCUCUGUGUAUGCAGAGCACAUGGAUGAUUCCCUGCUCUUUAAGGCCAGCGGUCCAGCAGGGGGAAACAUGCAGCUCCUGGAGACGGAUUACUCUCGCACCCUCCGGGAGCUGGUGGAGCUGCACCUCUUCCACCAGAACAGCAUCCCGGCCUUCCUCAGUGCUGUCACCCUCGACCUCUUCAGCCGCCAGACCAUGGCCUGACCCCCGGCACCACGCCCAGGAGAGACGUGCACUGGAGAGCAACAGGAAAUGUGUCAGAACAGCACUGGCCAAGUGUAACUGAUGGAUGAUGACAGAGAAAGGUGUCUGUGAGAGGGGGGGUGGCAAAAUGAUAGAGCUGAAUGUGAAGUGGAGUAGUGAUGAGAAUUGAGAGGCUGAGAAUUUUGGAUUUUAACGCAGGUUUAUGUGGACCCACCAUAAUCCUGUAUGCUCAUUUCUUAGCUGCUGUGUGUGUUGCUUUGUAAUGAGAAGUUAUUUUCUUUUUAACAUGACAGCCUCAGAGUGCAUACCCAACUGAACAGAAUAUCAGAGGGAAACAAAACUUUGAGCACAGGGAAGUGAAAAAGGUGACGUGUAGGUUUUCUUUAAAGGGGACACAAUUCUCAGGUAGGAUGGAUUACAUUCUCAGAUAGGAUGGAUUACAAAAUGAUGCUAAUAUCAAUGUAUUUUAUUCCUGUAUUCCAGCAUGUUUUUAAUUUGAAGUAUUUUUAAAAUUCUUGGAACCAAAAGCCAUCACCUGGUCUGUGUUCCAUACUCCCACCAUUAGACUUCACAAGGUUAAAGAGAAAUACUUGCAUAUAAGAGGGAUGAAAGGGUGUGAUUAUACAUUCCUCAAUGUAAUCCA